ACCACACUCUUCCAUCUUCCCAAACAUCAUUCGCCAUUUUUCCGUUUCUGCUGAAGAAACGCCCGUGUUGAAGGAUCUGCUUUUUUCUUGUGAACCCACUGCAUUGCCGUAGAAUUUGUGACCUGUCAAGAUUAUCUUCAUAAAUUCACCCAACUUCUGAGGCUUGCUGUACUUCGGGUCGCCCUCAAAAUGUAUAGCAUGUUUGGUUCUUCAGGUCCGGCUCACGUAUGUGGAUUACACUACGUUGUCCGAUCUGAUGAAUGGAACCUCAAGAAGCACUUCCUUCCACAAGUUAAACUCGAAGCAAAAGCUACCAUUCUUGCUACCACCUCUAAAACCAUACUCACACAGACUUUUGCCAAUCCGUCGACAGAGAAAGCCAUCAAAGAGUGCCGUUACACUUUUCCGCUCUAUGAUGGUGUCAGUGUAAUAGGCUUUACCUGUCAUGUCGGAGGGCGGAAAAUAGUUGGUGAGGUCAAGGAGAGAGAAAAAGCAAGAGCUGUAUUCCAAGACGCAGUCUCAAAAGGCGAGACGGCUGGAUUGUUUGAGCAACUCCCAGAAGCUUCCGACGUGUUCACCACGACUGUUGGGAACAUCCCUCCUGGAGCAAAAGUCAUCAUCGCAAUUACAUACCUAGGCGAACUCAAGCACGACAUGGAGGUCGACGGCAUCAGAUUCACAAUUCCAAACAUCAUAUGCCCGAGAUAUGGCGACUACCCAGGCACCUUGUGCAGAAGCUCAGCAACCGAUGCAAUGGGUACUAGCAUUUCGAUUACUGUCGAUGCCGACAUGGCUGAUGGAUCCUUCAUCCAGAAGAUCCAGUCGCCCACACACCCCAUUGCAGUGACAAUGGGCAAAACUUCAGCUGCUGCGGCAAAUGACGAUCCCGCAAUGACAAAGGCAUCAGCGGCCCUCGCCCUCGACACCGCAGGACUGGACAAGGACUUCGUAUUGCAAGUCAUUGCCAAACACACCGGUGUGCCCAAAGCCAUCCUCGAGACUCAUCCGAGGAUUCCGAAUCAUAGGGCAGUAAUGGCAACACUAGUGCCAAAGUUUGCACUUCCUCCUGCGCGACCCGAGAUUGUCUUCGUGUGUGAUCGCAGUGGAAGCAUGCAGCUUACCAGGAUUGAGCUUGCAAAACAAGCUUUGAAAGUGUUUUUGAAAUCGCUCCCCAUUGGAGUCAAGUUCAACAUAUGCUCGUUCGGUUCGUCUUACUCGUUUCUUUGGGAAAAGAGUGCUAGCUACAACCAGCAGACGCUCGAUGAGGCAAUGAACCAUGUAAGUUCUUUCGCGGCGAACUAUGGCGGUACGGAAAUGUUGCAGCCACUACGAGCUACGAUUGAGCGACGGUACAAGGACAUGGAUCUUGAUAUCAUGUUGCUCACUGAUGGUGAGGACUGGGGACAGGAUCGGGUUUUCUCUUAUCUUAAUGAAUCUAUCCAAGCAACCAAAGCUCCAAUCCGGGUCUUCACAUUGGGCGUUGGGAAUGGCGUCUCACACGCACUAAUUGAAGGUAUAGCCAAGGCAGGGAAUGGCUUUUCGCAAUCAGUCAGCGAAAACGAGCCGAUGAAUACGAAAGUUGUACGAAUGCUCAAGGGAGCAUUAUCCCCACAUAUCAAUGACUAUACCCUCGAAGUCAAGUACAACAAUGACGAAAUCUCCGCACACCUCGACGUCGAACCCGACGAUGAUUUCGAAAUUAUCGAAAAAGUACCUGAUAGUCUCAAGGUCAAACUCGAUCUCAAAGAAGACAAGCCCGAGCCAAAACCGACUAAAACUCCAAUCUCCCUCUUCGACCCCCACGCCGACCCAGACGCAGAAGAACCAAUUGUACUAGACGAAACAGGAGAAUCACGCUACGCCCACCUCCCCACGCUCCCCAUCCCCAAAAUCCUCCAAGCCCCUCAAACCAUCCCCUCCCUCUUCCCCUUCCACCGCACAUCAAUCUACCUCCUGCUCGGCUCCUCCGCGCCCCAAGGCACACCCACAUCACUCACGCUCCGCGGCACGAGCCUGCAAGGCCCACUCGAACUCGAGAUCCCCAUCCAAGCCCUCGCCCACCCCGGCGAAACCAUCCACCAGCUCGCCGCGAAAAAGGCGAUUUCAGAGCUGGAACAAGGCCGCGGAUGGCUAGCCGAAGCCACCGAUGAGACAGGAGACUUGGUGAAGAAGAAGUGUGAGGGCCGCUACGAAGAUAUGGUUGAGCGUGAGGCAGUCCGGUUAGGCGUGCAGUUUCAAGUAGGGGGGAAGUGGUGUUCGUUUGUUGCUACCGAAUCCAACGCAGCAGAAGCCGAGGCGCAGAGGAAAGCAGCAAAGGACUGGCAGUGGAUGGAUGAUAAGCACCCUCUCAACCCCCUCAAAGCGGCUCAUCUCUCUUUUCCGCUUCUACCUCAAACCACUUCAACCUCUUCGGCGCAGUACCACCGCCCCCACCUCCACCAGGUAACUCAUCUCUCUUCUCAGCCCAAAGUUCCGGUAGCGGCAGCGCUCUAUUCGGAGCACCAGCACCCGCCCAGACCCAAUCCAACUCUGUUAGACGACCCCGAUACAGCAGCGGCAGCGGACCCGCACCUCGCAUCCCCUCUAAGCGAUGAAUCGCUUCUUCACCACCUUAUCUCGCUGCAAUCUUUCGAAGGGUCGUGGUCGUUGACAUCCGGGUUACCCGGUGUCCUUGGUUUGGACGAGGCUGGCGUGCGAGUGAAGAUGGAGGGAGAGGGAGUGGAUGAGAGGGUGGUGGCGACUGCGCUUGUGAUUGCGAUGUUUGAAGAGAAGUUGGAGGGAUUGAGGGGGAGCUGGGAACUUGUGGAUGAGAAGGGACGGGCGUGGUUGGAGGGGGAGGUUGGGGAUGGGAACGUGGAGGAAUGGGUGCAACGGGGAAGGAAGGUGCUUAGGGAUGGCUAA